AUGGAUCUACGUGGAAAGGCGAUUGUAGCUAAGUACGCAUGGAUAGGCGGAAAAAUUGGAGAAGAAGUGGCUAUAGAAAUUGACGAGAAAGGAGUGAUCACAAAUGUUGGCGGAAUCCCGUCCGGUGAAGUUCUCAGGCUAGAAAACGAGGUCAGCUCCAACCAGCCAGUCAUCACGACCUUACUUUAGGUUCUUCUUCCUGGCUUCGUCAACUCUCACUCGCACGCCUUUCAUCGGCAUCUCCGUGGUCGAAGCGAGAUCGGACGGAGUGCAGCCGAUACCUUCUGGAAGUGGCGCGACAACAUGUACGGCCUCGUCGCCGACGUCGACAAGGACGUCAUCUACCGUUACUGCGCGACGACAUUCAGAGAGAUGCUCGCCGCCGGAAUAACUUCUGUCGGCGAGUUCCACUACGUGCACCAUGCGAACAACAGGUGACGCCCCUUAUGGAUUUUUUAAUAAACAUUCUCAGAUUCGACUUAGAUGGAGAAGUUGUUCGAGCAGCUGUAGACACUGGAAUCCGUUUAGUUCUGUUAGAGGUCGGAGGAGAAUCUCAUAAUGUCUUCAUAGAUCUUCAGACACUUUACGAACAAGCUGGAUUUGAUGCUCCACCGCUACAUCCUGUGCAGGAGCGCUUCGUAUCCUCAUACGAUGCAUUCAUUCAAAAAAUACAGGAACUCCGCCGCGAGAACAAACACCCACGCGUGUCUUUUGGAGUAGCAGGUGAAACCUAACUUCAUUUCUCAAAGAAAAAAGAAAUUCAGCUCAUUCGGCGAGAGCAGUGACUUUCCAAAAUAUAAAGAAACUGUAUAACUACGCAGUGGCAGAGAAUUUGCCUUUCCAUAUUCACCUCGAGGAGCAGCCAAAGGAAAUCGCAGACUGUCAGAAGUUCCUUGGAAAAACUCAAGUGAGUCUAAUUGAUUCUUAAAUGGGAAAAUCAGCUCUUUAGGGCCCGAGUGACAUUCUACUUACGACUCUAAACCUCGGCGAACAUUUCACGGGCGUCCAUGCCACCUACACUUCUGCUGCCAACAUGCGAGCUUUGGCAAGUCUUGGCGCCAACGUCAGUAUUUGUCCCUGCACUGAAGGUGAGUCUUGAACUGCGAAAAUUGUUUCGCAACUACCCAGGAUACCUCGGAGAUGGAAUUCCGCAAAUAAACGAGGAUUUGCCGAUCAGCUUCGGCUCAGACUGCAACAACCGCAUUUGCAUGCUGGAAGAGAUGCGCUGGGCCUGCUUUUCUCAACAAGUAAUUUCUCCGUCUUUUCGAAGCGAAUUUGUUGAGUUUAAGAUGAGAGGGAACUCAAGAAGCGUUGCAGCUCUUUCGGCAGAAAAGUUGCUGUCAGCAGCUACGGAAGGCGGAGCUCGAUCUUUGGGACUCGCAGCCAAAGUCGGAGAUUUCCAAGUGGGAAAGUAUUUCGACGCUGUCACUUUGGACCUCAACUCGUCGACUCUGGAAGGCAGCAACGCCGCCACCAUCGUCGACGCACUCAUCUUUUCCUGUGAUAACAAGGAAAUCCGCCGCGUUUUUGUUGGCGGAAAACAGCGAAACACAUUCUAA